AUCAAAUUCGACCCGUCAAAGGACUCUGAUUCCAACUUCUUCACUUCAGCUUUAUCAGGGCAGCAUCGACGAUUCAUUCAAGUAUCGACGUCUGCGUUACCGUACACGCGCACCAUGUCGGAUACUCAAGCGCAUCAUGUCCUGUCUCAAGGCGUCGGAUAUGGGAUCGUCAUCGGCCUAGGUCUGGCUUUCAGCCUGAUCAUGGUCUUGAUCACCUAUAUCCAGAAACGAUACACCUCCUUCGACCCGAACAAGACGGAAGAGUUCUUGUCAGCGGAAAAGAGCAUCAAGCCGGGUCUUAUCGCCGUGGGAAUCGUUUCGGCAUGGACAUGGGCUGCGACGUUGCUGCAGAGCUCGGCCGUCGGUUUCCGGUUCGGAAUCGCAGGACCUUAUGCCUACGCAGCUGGGGCCACCGUCCAGAUUCUCCUGUUCGCCAUCCUGGCUUCCAACUUGAAGAUGAAGGCUCCCAACGCGCAUACGUUCUUGGAGAUCAUCGGCGCUCGAUGGGGCACCGGGGCGCAUUUGGUGUUCCUCUUCUUUGGAUUCUUGGCGAAUGUGAUCGUCUCGACCAUGUUGGUUCUGGGCGGGUCCGCCACUGUCAACGACCUCACCGGCAUGCCUACCCAAGCCGCCGUCUUUCUCAUCCCCAUCCUCGUCUCCUUUUACGUCGUCGUCGGCGGAAUGCGAGCCACCCUCUUUGCCGACUGGUCACACACCGCCGCGCUGUUUAUCCUCAUCUGGCUCUUCACCCUGACCGUCUACGUCACUUCGGAUCAGAUCGGAUCGCCACACAAGAUGUACGAGUUGCUCACCGCUGCCGCUGUCAAGAACCCGGUCGAGCACAACAAGGACGGGUCGUACCUGACGUUCAGGAGCGAGAGCGCGUUGAUCUUUGGAGUGCUCAACUUGGUGGGGAACUGCGGGACCACCGCCGUCAAAGGCUACCUUAUCGGAGGCAUGGCCUGGUUAUCGAUCCCCUUGACCUUGGCUACCACCCUCGGUCUCUCUGCACGAGCGCUCGGACUCGACCUGACCCCAGCUCAGAUCUCUGCUGGGUUACCAGCGCCUCAAGCUGCAGCGGCGCUCUUGGGCAAGGGAGGUGCGGUGGCCAUGUUGUUGUUACUCUUCCUGGCGGUGACGUCGGCGACUUCGGCAGAGCUGGUGGCGGUCUCGUCGUUGGUCACACACGAUAUCUAUCAACGAUACGCUCUUAAGGGCCGCGCCACCGAAAAGCAACUCAUGCGAUGUUCUCACCUCACCGUCGUAAUCACUUCGGUCGUCAUGGGCUUGCUCGGGUUGAUCUUCUUCUAUAUUGGAAUCAGCAUGGGUUGGCUCUACACCUUGAUGGGGACCCUCAUCGGAUCGGGCGUCGUACCAGUGGCCAUCGCCACCUCGUGGAAAAAGGCCAACAAGUGGGGUUGCUGUGUGGGGGCCGUCGGUGGACUGGCAGUCGGGCUGAUCGCUUGGCUGGUCACCACGGCCAAGCUGAACGAUGGGGUCAUCAACAUUACCACGACGGGCCAAGACUAUCCUUUGUUGGCUGGGAACAUUGGCGCUCUGGUCACCGGCGCCGUCGUCAGCAUCGUCUGGUCCUUGAUCUCCCCCGAUAACUUUGACUUUGAUAUCACUCGUGCCAUGAACUUUGCGCCUAUCGCUGCGCCAGUCGAGGAUCAACCUCAGACCCCGCUCGAAUACGCUGGAGGGGACGACAAGGAUAUCGACGAGAAGGCGCCGACCUCUUCGACCCGAAUUCAAGCCGUCGGUGACAACGACGACAACGAGGGCGGCCCUCAAGAAGCUUCUUCUUCAUCGGGUGACAUUCCCGAGCUGGACUACGUCGGCCUGAACAAGGCGCUCAGGCUGGCCACCUGGUCCUCCGUCAUCCUCAGCCUGAUCCUCCUGAUCAUCGUGCCCAUGCCAUUAUUCGGCUCGAGCUACAUCUGGUCGGAAAAGGGAUUCGUAGGCUGGAUCGUGAUCACCCUGGCCUGGUCGUUCGCCGCUGGAAUCGCCAUCAUCCUCUACCCGUUGUGGGAGUCACGGUCUGCGCUCGGAGGUGUCUUUAGAGGGAUCGGGCGGGACUUGACUGGCAAGCCUCCCGCUUCCCAGUUUUAAGUGGGGCUGUCUUGUGAUUUUAGAUAGAUGUAGAGGGUUAAUAUAGGUAUUCGAGCAACAACAAUGAAACAUAGACCAAGUUCCAAGGAUCCACGAUGUUGAUUAUGAGCUGGCACGAUACGCAAGGCCGUCAAGGGCGACGAAUGAUCCGGACAGUCUUCGGGAGAUCGAUGGCGAAUCGACAUUGUCAACUGAGAUAGGUGCACGUGAGUUGUAU